AUGAAGCAAAACAGUAGCUCACAGGCUAUCAAAUACGUCUUCGUGGCGGUCAUUGCCAUUCUGGGUGAAACUCUUUCCCACUUUGACGACGAUGGUCUCAUCCCUGCGUUUGGAUUUGGCGAUGCCUCGACUUCUGACAAGCGAGUGUUUCCCUUCAAGGAGUUCGGCUGUUGUGAUGGUUUCACUGAUGUGUUACAGUGUUAUAACCUGAUCACGCCCAGAGUCAAGCUCAGUGGGCCCACAAACUUCGCUCCACUGAUAUAUCAGGCAAUAGACAUAGUCAAGCAAACUAAAGCGUAUCACAUCCUGGUGAUUGUUGCUGACGGCCAAGUCACCAGCGAGCACGCCACCCGUAAUGCCAUCGCCGAGGCGUCCAAGUACGCCCUGUCCAUCCUCCUGGUGGGGGUGGGGGAUGGACCAUGGGACACCAUGCAGGACUUUGAUGACAAACUUCCCAGCAGGCUGUUUGAUAACUUCCAGUUCGUUGAUUUUCACCAAGCCCGUGCGACCGCUAAGAACCCCGACACGGCGUUCGCUGUCCAGGCACUGAUGGAGAUCCCUGAUCAGUUCAAGGCAAUCAGGCAGCUGGGAUAUCUGGACAGCUAGAGAUGGGCCUUAGCUCAGCACUAGGGGUGGGUACCGCUUCAGAAUAUUCAGGUCCAGGUCCGGUUCAGGUCUAGAGGAUCAGGUCCGGACCUGAACCUGGACCUGAUUCAGUAUGUGAAAACUUGUGAACGGACAGUACUCAAAACAAUGGUCCAUUUCGCUACAAAGAAAUCUGUUUUACGGAGAAUUUGACUACCA